GUGGCGGUAAAGCGCGUGACAGCUGGUUGCCAAUCGACAAAUCAAAUAAAAAGAAGAAGUAGAAGAAUCAGAAGGAGAGAGUUUAAUUUUUUGAUACAUUUUUGUUAUAUUUCUCAUCUUGUGACGGUUGGUGAUAAACGAUAAAGGAGAGGUGAAUCCGUCACACGAUGUGCGGUUUCCUGUCAACAGGUGAAGACAGCGCGGAGAGGCCGGAAUGAUCUGUAGCAGUGAGAGGUUGUGGCAGCCUCAUCAGUAGCUGUCACCACGGCGGGGGACCUUCGGACCUCCGUCUGCAGGGUGGUCAUCUACCUCCAAAAGGUCAUGUCUGGAGACAGCUGCCUGCCCCAGCAUCACACCUCCCCAGCCCCUCCUCUGGCCUGUCCCAAGACCAAGACCUGCAGUUAUCGAGGAGCGGUCGGCCUGGGCAACAAGUAUGUCCGGCUUAAUGUUGGCGGGACCCUGUUUUACAGCACGCUGCAAAUACUGACCAGGCAGAACUCCUUGCUGAAGGCCAUGUUCAGCGGACAGAAGGAAGUGUUCACUGAUAAAGAAGGUUGGAUCCUGAUUGAUCGCAGUGGGAAACACUUCGGCACAAUCCUGUGCUACCUGCGUGACGGCACAGUCGCCUUACCCAAAGGCCGUCAAGCUGUCCUGGAGCUGCUGGCUGAGGCGAAGUAUUACCUCCUCCAUGGCCUGGUGGAGCUUUGUCAGAACAGCCUGCAGGGCAAUAAAGAGCAGCCCCUGUGUGUUAUACCUGUGGUCACCUCCAGUAAGGAAGAAGAGAGGCUCAUCCAGUCUUCCACCAAGCCUGUGGUGAAGCUGGUGUACAACAGAAGCAAUAACAAGUACUCCUACACCAGUAACUCAGACGACAACCUGCUGAAGAACAUCGAGCUGUUCGACCGGCUGUCUCUCAGCUUCAACGGCCGUGUCCUCUUCAUCAAGGACGUGAUCGGAGACGAGAUCUGCUGCUGGUCGUUCUACGGUCAGGGCCGCAAACUGGCCGAGGUGUGCUGCACCUCCAUCGUCUACGCCACAGAGAAGAAACAGACCAAGGUGGAGUUUCCUGAAGCUCGGAUCUACGAGGAGACCCUGAACACUUUGCUGUACGAGACGAUGCCGCUGCCUGACAACUCCCUGCUGGAGGCCACGCGUCGAAGCUACAACAGCUGCGGCUCUCACAGCGAGGAGGAGGAGGGGCCGGGGGGAGCCGAGCUUCGUGAGCGCGUCCGUCGAAUCCACGUCAAGAGGUACAGCACAUACGACGACCGGCCCCUGGGACACUGAGACUGAAACCCCAAACCUCCGGACUGAUGAUGAACAUUCAAACAUGGAGUCUGUUGAUGCUCAUACAUUUGUAUUUUGAAUUUUUUUUAUCCUAGUGUCGCCACCACUAUCUGAAGGAAGUCCAAAUCAUGACCUUGAUGUAAUUACAUCUUCCAGUUGUGGCGUCGUCUGCUCUGUCCAUCAUAAUUUAAGAAUAAUUAUCAGAGCAGCUUCUUCAGAUAUCUAGAGAAGUGUAUGUUUUUAAUGACAUUUAGAUUCGUAGUGGAGGAAAAAUCACUAAUAUGCACUAUUUCUUAGAUGAAAUAUUGUUCCAAUCAUAGCACUUACACUCUGAAUCAGCAGGAGAGCCUGUUUCAUAUUUAUGGAUUGUAUUUUUCAUAUACGCAUUUACAACAGUUUGUUUUGCCAAAGAUGAACCUGUUUUAGUUUUAAUGCAGUUUCAC